CGACCUAUGCGUCUCCAGUUGAGAGUAUUUUCUGUAAAGAACGCGUAGCGGCUAUGUCAGUGUUCCUAAUGUGUCGACGAUUCGUUUAUAAAACAUAUCUGUCAUGAACGUUGAUAUUUGGAAUCUAAAAAACAUUUGUUUAUUAAUGUGUUCGUGACAGUACGUGAAUUGAAUGAAUAGUGAUUUUCGACUUAUCGUAAUAUUUUCUUCCGUCCUACUGUCGAUUCUGAGAAGCCGCUCGUUUUCUAUUUCGACAUAAAUUUAGAAGCAGUAGCUACAGUUACGUGAUUGAUAGGUACCAAUAGCAAAUAUGACUAUCAAAAAAAUUUGCGGUAUCGGUGCUGGAUAUGUGGGUGGACCAACGUGUAGUGUGAUUGCUUUGAAAUGCCCAGAAAUUCAAGUAACCGUGGUGGACAAGAGCAAAGAGAGAAUUGCUCAAUGGAAUUCAGAGAAAUUGCCGAUAUACGAACCAGGUCUUGAUGAAGUGGUGCGCAAAUGUCGUGGCAAGAAUUUGUUCUUUUCCACGGAUAUAGAAACUGCGAUCCAGGAAGCAGAUCUAAUCUUCAUUUCAGUAAAUACCCCAACGAAAACGUUCGGCAAUGGAAAAGGAAGAGCAGCUGAUUUGAAGUACGUCGAGAGCGCGGCUAGAAUGAUCGCGGAGAUUGCAACCGGGAAUAAAAUCGUUGUAGAAAAAAGCACGGUUCCAGUAAGAGCUGCAGAAAGUAUAAUGAAUAUUUUACGUGCCAAUCAUAAACCAGGAGUAUCAUGUCAGAUCUUAUCAAAUCCAGAAUUCCUAGCGGAGGGAACCGCCAUUGAGGAUCUGGUAAAUGCAGAUCGCGUUUUAAUCGGAGGUGAAGAUUCACCGGAAGGACAGGCGGCUAUCGAGGAAUUGUGCAAGGUUUAUGAGCAUUGGAUUCCAAGAAAGAAUAUUUUAACGACAAACACUUGGAGCUCGGAAUUAUCAAAACUGGCCGCCAAUGCUUUCUUGGCACAACGUAUAUCGAGCAUAAAUUCCCUGUCGGCCGUGUGUGAGGCGACCGGCGCGGAUGUGUCCGAGGUUGCACGGGCAGUUGGCCUUGACUCUCGAAUAGGGUCGAAGUUUCUUCACGCAUCCGUCGGAUUCGGCGGUUCGUGCUUUCAAAAAGAUAUUCUUAAUCUGGUGUACAUUUGUGAAUGUCUAAAUCUACCAGAAGUUGCCGCUUAUUGGCAACAAGUGAUAGACAUGAACGAAUAUCAAAAAUCCAGAUUCUCAGCGAAAGUAAUCGAGUCUUUGUUCAAUACCGUCACGGACAAGAGGAUCUCAAUGCUCGGUUUUGCCUUCAAGAAAAAUACCGGUGAUACGCGUGAAUCACCGGCCAUUCACGUUGCUAAGACCCUGCUGGACGAGGGCGCUAUGCUUCACAUAUAUGAUCCCAAGGUCGAAGAAAGUCAAAUUAUCGAGGAUUUGACGCAUCCAAGCGUAACAAGUGACCCAGAAUACGUAAAAAGUAGAAUUAGUAUUUACAAAGAUGCUUAUAGCGCUACAAAAGGUACACACGCUAUUGUCUUAUGUACCGAGUGGGACGAGUUUGUGGAGUUAGAUUAUAAACGAAUUUACAUUAACAUGAUGAAACCUGCAUACAUUUUUGAUGGAAGAAAAAUUUUAGAUCAUGAUAAAUUACAAAAAAUCGGUUUCAUCGUACAGACUAUUGGUAAGAGAAUUACAAGAACGGUGCUUUCAAGAGCAUGGGGAAGCCAAACUCAGAUAUAAUAAUGUUUACGUAGGUUAUCAUAAAAAAAAAAAAAAAAAAAACGAAAAAUGUUUAAUUUCAUAUAUGUUUUUAAAAUCUUGUGAAUGAUAUAAAUUAGAUUCUAAAAUUUAUGAACUUUUAUUCGUGAUAAGUUUGAAGUUUAGCUUAAAGCAUUCUUUUUUAUUUUAAGGACAUUGUAAAAUAAUAAAUUAAUUUUCAAUUUUUUCAAAUUUGCGAAAAUAUAGGUUUACAAGAUUUUAAAAGAUUAAAUUUUUUUUAACAAAAUUUAAACUUAAAAUUAAAAAUCGGAAACAAAUACGCUGUUUUUUGAAAACACGUAUCGUACGUGAUACGUGUGAUAUUGCUUGUCAUGACUUUUGUAAUAAUCAAUAAUGUCAGUUGAAUCAAAUAUUUAUAUAUAUUUCUUACAUAAUUUGAUAUGUAAGUUAAUAUUAUAUAUUAAGUAUAUAAUAAUUAUCGCAUUAAUUGACGAUACGUAAUUA